CCCCUUUCUCUCUCUACACCACACCACACCAGUGUUGAAGCAGCAAGCAAAAAACAACUUCUGCAUUGGGAGAGGGAUUUCCUUAUGAAUCUUGUAGGGACACAAAGACAGCUUUGUCUUCGUGGUUCCCAUUUCGAUUCAGGCCUGAAAAAUUCCUAGAAAAUUAAAAGACAAUGGGAUGUUCUUCAUCCAAGUUGGACGAUGAAGAGGCUGUCCAGUUAUGCAAAGACCGUAAGAAGUUCAUCAGACAAGCCGUCGAGCAAAGAACAAAAUUCGCAUCGGGACACAUUGCUUACAUACAAGCCAUGAAAAGAGUGUCCGCUGCACUUCGGGAAUAUAUUGAUGUGGACGAGCCUCGUGAGUUUCUAUUGGAUUCAUUCACAACGCCAAAGAAAACAACGAGCCCGGGUUUUAUAUCUAUAACACCUGGUGGUUCCUUCUCAGUGACACCGUUUAAAACCGAAACAAAAUCUUCUUACAAAAUAAACUACUUUAAGUCCGGUGGAAAUUCGUCUGUUUCUGUUGAAGAGAGACCACCUCAAUCACCGGAAACUUACAGAGCUGAAGCUUUCUACUCUCCCACGCCUCAUUUUGGCAUGGAUAGCAUGUUUUCUAUGCAAUCAUCUCCGAUGAAUUCUUCGUUUUUUCAGUAUUCGCCCAACAAUAGGCCUAGUUUUCCUCCACCUUCUCCACAAGCAUCUCAAUGGGAUUUUUUCUGGAACCCGUUUUCUUCGUUGGAUUACUAUGGCUACCCAACAAGAACCAGUCUUGAUCAGACAAUGAUGGAUGACGAUAAUGAUGGGCUACAGCAAGUUCGAGAGGAAGAAGGCAUACCUGAUUUAGAAGAGGAAACGGAGCAUGAAGAAGUUGAUGUUAGGAGGGUGUUUAAGAAAGAAGAGAGCGUUAAGCGAGAACUGAACUUUGAUAGAGAAGAAGUUGUUGUUGAAGAUGUUAACGAUAGUGAUGAUAGUGAUGACAGCGACUGUGAAAUGGAGGAACAUGUCCAAGAAAUGCCUUCCCAAGAACAAGAAAGUGUAGAAGUGGCGAAAUCGCAAAAUGUGGGGCAAAUAAGUAAAAAGGAAGCAAAGGCAGUUGCGGAUUGUGAAUCAAGAGAGGAAACGACACCUGGAUUCACUGUAUAUGUGAAUAGAAGGCCGACGAAUAUGGCGGAAGUUAUUAAGGAUCUUGAAGAUCAAUUCAUGGCUGCUUGUAAUGCCGCUGGAGAGAUGUCAUGCAUUUUGGAGUCGAGCAGAGCUCAGUACUCAUCACCAUCAUCAUUGAAUGAUCUAACAGCAAUGAAGAUGCUUAAUCCAGUAGCAUUAUUUAGAUCGGGUUCGUCUCGAUCAUCAUCAUCAAGAUUUAUGGUCAGUGCUUCAGCUUCAGCUUCAGCUUCAACUUCAAGAGAUGAAUGCUCCGAAAGCAGCAGCGACUUCUCCGAAGAAUCUUGCAUAUUUUCAGGCAGUCACCAAUCAACUCUUGACAGACUCUACGCUUGGGAAAAGAAACUUUACCAGGAAGUUAGGGCUGGCGAGCGUAUUCGUAUAGCGUACGAAAAGAAGUGCACGCAGCUAAGCAACCAAGACGUAAAAGGAGACGACCCUGUUUUCGUGGACAAAACAAGGGCCGCCAUUAGAGAUCUUCAAACCAAGAUAAAAGUCUCAAUACACACAGUUGAAGCCAUCUCGAAGAGGAUCGAAACCCUAAGAGACGAAGAACUCGAGCCUCAGCUUUUAGAAUUGGUUCAAGGAUUAUCAAGAAUGUGGAAAGUAAUGGCAGAGUGCCAUCAACUGCAGAAGCGUACGCUAGACGAAGCCAAGAUAUUACUUGCCGGAACACCUUCGAAAAAAAAUAUAUCAAAGUACACAAUAAUGUCACCAUCGGAGCCUCACAGGCUAGCUCGUGCUGCCGCCAGUCUCGAGGCUGAGCUAAGAAACUGGAGGGCAUGCUUUGCUACGUGGAUCGUUGCUCAACGAUCCUACGUGCACGCACUGACAAGCUGGCUGCUUCGAUGCGUGGGGCCCGAUCCCGACGCGUCGAAAUCGCCGUUUUCUCCCCGAAGGUCUUUGGGGGCCCCACCUAUAUUUCAGAUAUGCAUCCAUUGGUUGAGAUUCUUGGAUGGGGUAAGGGAAGCAACGGUGCUUGAUGGAAUGGACUUUUUUGCUGCUGGGGUGGGGUCGUUGUACGAGCAGCAGCUGAGGGAAGAUUCUAGAAGGAGAUUGUCUAGUGGCGGCGGUGGUGGUGGUGGUUCGAAGAGGUUUGGUGGGGACCACAUGGUGGUGGAGGUGAUUGGUGGUGGUGGUGGUGAUGAAGAUGAAGUGGUGACGGCGGAGAAAAUGGCUGAGGUCGCGAUAAGAGUGCUGUGUGCUGGAAUGUCGGUUUCGGUGAGUGCACUCACUGAGUUUGCUGUUUGCUCGGCACAAGGGUAUAAGGAUUUGAUCGAGAAACGGGAUACUAAUGGCGAGACGAAAAGUUUAGAUGGAAAAGGAAAUUGAGGGGUUUUUUUUCUUUUCUUUUUUCGGUAGAGUUAUAGUGUAGCAGGAAAUGAAUGUACAUUAUUACAAAGUUUAACUUAUGUUGUAGCAAAUAGGUAUAUGUGUAGCUUUUGCUCUAUAUGCAUAUGCAAUUUUCACCUGAAUUGUAAGAACAGAAGAUAAACAGGUUGUUGUAAUCCAAGAAAGGUUUUUCAUUUUCAA